AUGGUUAAGGAAAGGUGUCAGAAAAAGUCCUUUCAAGAUAGUCUUGAAGAUAUUAAGAAGCGAAUGAAAGAGAAAAGGAAUAAAAACUUAGCAGAGGUUGGCAGACGCAAGUCCUUUAUCGUUGCACCAUGCCAAGUACCCACUAACACUGCUACACUGCUGAAAAAUUACCAAGAUAACAACAGGUUGUUAGUUUUGGCUUUGGAAAAUGAAAAAUCCAAAGUGAGAGAAGCCCAAGAUAUCAUCCUGCAGCUGAGAAGAGAAUGUUACUAUCUUGCUUGCCAGCUAUAUACAGUGAAAGAGAAGCUAACUUCCCAACAAAGUAAAGACAUUGAUCAGAACUGGAAAGGAUGUAUCUCAGAAGUGGUCUCCAGUAGUGACAACACCAUCAGAGACUUAUCUGUGAAGACCUUACGGCAAACUGGUCUUGAAGAAAAUGACUGGCCUUUCCAAACCAAAGAACCAAGUUCUACUGUUCCUCCAGACACACUGGGGAGUGAUUUUGAUUCAGGUAAAGUCGAGCCUUCUGAUGACAUCUUACCUAAGACUGUGUCUUUCCGUCGCCACUUAAAGAAAGAUUUUAGUAAUGUAAGUUGCUCCACUGCUUUGGACGACUGUGAAGCCAGUCACUGGGUGGGACAGUCUUUGGAAGUUACAAGAAGUGGGUGUAAAGACCCAACUAUAACUCUGCACGAACUUGAAAAUGUAGAACAAAAUGUUUGCCUGUGGAACAAGGACCAAAUUAACUUAUCCCCUAGACUGACUUACCCAGGAACGAAUGCUAAAACAAAAGUCAUUUUACCAUCUGAAUCUGAACAAACAGAACGUAAGCACCAACGUGCACAGAAAAGAGCAAAGCAGAGAAGAGCCAACCAGAAAUGCAAAUCAAGAUCCUCACUGAGGUGUAAGGGCAAGAAAAGCAAAGAUAAGCACUCUUUACAACCCACAAAAUUGGAUAGGUCUAUUGGUUCUGGCGAUGCUUAUGAUUUUAAUGUGGAAGAGCGUGUUCAUCUUACUCCUUUCCGACAAAAAAUGAGCAAUGAUUCCAGUGAAGAAAUUAACAGUGGUGACCAGGAAGGGAAUGCUUUCGAUCUGAGUGCCUCUGAGGAUGAGUCCAGUGACAUCUACCUGCCUCCUUGCAAGCACUUGAUAGACCACACCAGAGAAUCAGACAGACCAGUCACCAGGCCUCGGCCUAAAAGGGAACUCAAGUACACGGAUGAAAAAGAUAAGGAGAAGACUCUGCCAACCAGAACUCCUACCGGUAUGCCAUGCAAAAAUCAAGACUUAUCUGGUUGUAGCCUAAAGGAUGUCACCAAUAUCCUGCUGUCUCCUGUAGUGAAAAUCAGGAAACUUUCUCUGUCUCCAAAAAUGCGUGACGAUAGCCCAGCCGUGCCUCUGCCUAAGCGCAAGUGCUCCACCAUCACAAGCUAUAAGGAGCCAACACUCGCUUCGAAACUGAGAAGAGGGGACCCUUUCACAGACUUGUGUUUCUUGGAUUCUCCUAUUUUCAAGCAAAAAAAGGAUAUGAGACGUCCUAAAAGAAGUACAAAGCACACACAGUAACUCCUUUGGUUGGAUGCUAUCAAAGAGGAUCCUUCUCUGUUACCUGAUAGAGUCUGUGAGCAGUGGGCAGAACCAUCCCUUAUCAAGCUCUGGGUCAGGACCUAUACUUUUUAGUUGUGUGGAUUGCUACCAAUCUAAAAUUUCUCCAGCAGGGGAAUUUCAGAGUUGAAGCUUUAUAAAGAUAGGAUGUGAAUCUUUCGUGAAUCCUUGACCAUAAGACAUACCAUAAGUUGCUGAGAAUCCCUUAUUCUACUACGGAAUCUUUGGGUAAACUAUAUGUGGAAUCACAAUUAAGAGAAUUGGUAGUUUUGGUUCUGGGACAAGGUUGUGAACUCUGUGUGUGACAUCAUUCUUCAUCAGAAUCAACAUAUCAUGGACCUCAGGCUAGCCCUUCAUGUUGUCAGAAGUUUACAAGUAUAAAUAUGUGACUAGUAAGUUUCUGGGUUUGAUAUAUGUAUUUAAUGAAAUAACUGA